AUGUUAUCGAAUGCUUAUUGGGACCGAUUUGCCAAUCAAUGCAUUCAGACUACCUUCCAGUUGAUGGAGAAAGAGUGGGUCACACGUGACCAGGUGCAGAGUAUGGAUUCUGCAGUCAUCCAAGCCAUUCCCGCCGUUGCUGUCUUGACUGUUCUCGUUGACACUGUCCACGAUGCAAAGGCAAAGAAGCCAGAGGAUCUAUCAUGGAAGAUUGAUGGGACGAUGUGCAAACAGUCAGACCGCCCGCCACUGGAUGGCAUCGCUGCCCUCCUGUUGCCCAAACUCAUGGAGGUGAAACGGCUCCUUGAAACAAAGAAGAGCACCGCCAAGGAAGCCAACGUGCAGAAUAUCACUGCAAUGAUCUGUUCGAACACAGAUGAACCCACUCAAGAGCUUGAAGCUUUCAUCAAGUCUCUCGAAAAUGACAAGAGCAAGCCAAGUGCUAGGAACAGUCUGAUUCGGGCCAAACUUACAGAGCUCACAUUAAUGAUGUUGCAAGUGCAGCCCUUUCUUGAUCGAAUGAACAUUAUCUUUGGUUACAACUACGCUCCUGCCCAUGAUCUGGAGAAAGACGAUCCAGGGAUAGAGGCAGUAUCCGGUACAGAGAACCAGCCAGCGCACCGAAAGAAACAGCAAACAGAUGGGAGUGAAGAGGCCCAUGGUGAAUCAUGGAUGACACGGGCUCGGUGGCUCUUUGGGCAUCAAGCUAGCUAG